GGUCCAACCGGCUGCACUUCAGCCGCUCGCAGCAGAUUCUGUGUUUGUGCUCCAGAGUGAAGGACGCCGGUGCUGCAGUCGCCUCCGAACCCACCGACAGAAGACCGACGUGAACACCGGGACCAUGGCUGUGAACAAAUGCAUCAAGUACCUGCUCUUCUUCUUCAACCUGCUGUUCUGGAUCAGCGGUUGCAUCAUCCUGGGCGUGUCCAUCUACCUGAAAGUCAGCAAGCAUGACAACAAGAUCACAGAGGACACUCUCCCCGCCGUCGACCUGAUGAUCGCCAUCGGAGUCAUCAUCAUGGUUCUGGGCUUCCUGGGCUGCUGCGGCGCCAUCAGGGAGAACCGCUGCAUGCUGCUGCUGUUCUUCAUCUUCCUCCUCCUCAUCUUCAUCCUCCUGCUGGCGGCGGGCAUCGCGGCGGCCGUGGGCGAGUCGAAGGUGAAGGACUGGGUGAAGGAACGUCUGGAGAAGUUCACGCCGCUGUCGAGUCAAGACCAGCAAGUGAAGGACGACCUGGAGCAGCUGCAGAGAGAGCUGAAGUGCUGCGGCCUCGUCAACGGACCGGCCGACUGGCAAACCAGCGUUCCCCCAUCGUGCCGCUGCAACGCCACCAGCACCGAAGUCUGCUCGGGAAUGUACUACAACACGGUGAGAACCAGAACCUCAGAACCUCAGAACCUCAGUCCGCUCAGUGACGGAAACGAUGUCCGUAGAAAACCCACGUAG